UCUCGCCCACGACGGUUUCCUUUGACCUCACUUAAGAUGGCGGCGCGGGAGCUGUGAGGCCGAGGCUCUCAUAACCGGAAGUGUCGGGGCUGGGGCGUCACUCCGGUCACGAUGGAAGCCGUGCUUAACGAUCUGGUGGCCGUGGAGGAUCUUAUGAGAUUUGAGAAGAAGUAUCUAGCCGAAAUCUCUGCAGGAUCGCUGAGCAAGAGCACGCAGUUCGAGUACGCCUGGUGCUUGAUCCGAAGCAAGUACACCUCCGACAUCCAGAAAGGGGCAGGGUUUUUGGAAGAUCUUUUACCAAAGGGCAGUAAAGAUGAGCAGCGAGACUAUCUGUUUUAUUUGGCAGUGGCCCACCACAGAUUAAAGGAAUAUGAGAAAGCUCUUAAGUAUGUGAGGACGCUUCUCAGUAAGGAACCGAAGAACACACAGGCUCUGGAGCUGGAGAAGGUGAUAGAGAAAAAGAUGCAAAAAGAGGGUUUGGUCGGCAUGGCGAUUGUAGGCGGAAUGGCCCUGGGAGCCGCAGGGAUCGCUGGCCUCAUCGGUUUGGCUAUUUCAAAGUCCAAAUAAAUGGAAAAAUGCAUCACAAGGCCUUGUUUUUUUUUAUUAUAUUUCACGCAGUACCUUGAUCUCUAAUCAUGCAAUUAUAAUGGAAUUUACGGCCACUAAACCCUGGCCUGGUCGCCGAAUUCUCACAAGAUAAUUUAUGAUCUAACAUCAAUGACUUGGACGCUUCAUCGAUAACCAACCCGACCGGUAUCUAAGGCUAUUAAAGGCUAUUAUCGCCGCUGUAAA